AUGUCUGUUGAGCCCACAUUUCAGACCCCAGCAAGUCAGUCACCAGGUGCUGGGGCACUGGCUGUAAGUGGAGAAGCAGCACAGAUGCUAACACAGUUCUGGCCCAAAGCCAUGCAAGACAUCCGUAAUCUAAAAAUGGAUGAUUUCAAACAGCAAGAACUUCCUCUUGCUAGAAUAAAGAAGAUAAUGAAACUAGAUGAGGAUGUUAAGAUGAUCAGUGCAGAAGCCCCUGUACUUUUUGCAAAGGCAGCAGAAAUAUUUAUCAGUGAAUUGUCACUACGAGCCUGGAUACACACAGAGGACAACAAAAGAAGAACACUUCAGAGGAAUGACAUUGCCAUGGCGAUAACCAAAUUUGACCAGUUUGAUUUCUUGAUAGAUAUUGUACCAAGGGAUGAAUUAAAACCAACCAAACGUCCGGAAGAAAGUGGAAGGUCAUCGUCAGGGCUUCCAGAUCAGAUCCAGUAUUAUUUACAGUUGGCACAACAACAGGCACAACAACAGGCCCAACAGCAGCAGCAACAACAACAGCAGCAGCAACAACAACAACAAACACAACAACAACAACAACAACAAGCCCAGCAACAACAACAGCAACAGCAGGCAGCAACACAAGUCCAGACAACUGCUGUUGUCCAACAACAACCUCAGGUCACACAGAUCCAACUUCCUGGAAAUCAGAUUCUACAACAACAGUUCCAAGUGCAGGCAGGUCAGAUACAGACAGGACAAGUUCAGGCACAGACUGCAAUACAGGGAAGCACAAUACAAGGGGCUACGGUAGUUGCUAGCACUCCCCAGCCACAGGUAAUACAGAUUCAGGCCCCACCCCAGGUCCAGCAGGUUCAGCAGGUCCAGGUGCCGACAUCAUCUGCUGCCACUCCAGUCCCACAGACACUUCAACAAGUCCAGAUUCAGCAACCACAACAGCAGACACAGGUGUAUCAGCAAGUGAUCACCACCUCAGGGGAGGUUCAGAACAUACCUAUUCAGCUGACCCCCCAGCAACUGCAGGCCAUACAAAUGCAGCUCCAGGGUAAACAAUCCAACCAACCCAUCAUUAUCCAGCAGGCAGCCCAGCCAGCCAUUCAGAAUGUGCAGACAAUCUCACAAACAGACCAACCACAGUUCAAUUCACAACAACAAGUAUACCAGAUCCAGCAGUUAGCAGGAGGACAACAGCAGGUUUAUAUACACCAGGCAGCAGGUGCUGAUGGUGACCAUGGUGAUGCCUCUCAAGAUGCAGCAUAACACAGACAGAUUAUGAACAGAAAGAGUCAGAUUGUCAACGUUUGACAUGUUCAGCUGUGCCAAUACUUAUGUUUGGAAAUCUGGUAUAUGUGACAAAGGAGAUCUGAUCUCUUAUCUUGGUUAUGGUCGCCUGGGAAGUAUCCAUGGUUACCAGACAGGAAAACACACAACGCCUAGUGAUACAGCAUGGCACAUCAGUUUGUACACAGAAAUAUCCAGUUGUGGUAAAGAUGUUGCCAUGAGAAAGGUAUUGGAAACAUUAAGCUGGUAUGCUUUUCAGGUUACAAAAUCCUGAAAGUGCAAGGUAAUCUCAUUUACAAAUGAAAAUUUUCUUACAUGGAAAACUGUCCUUAAUGCUAAAAAGAUCUGACACCUCCAUGUUGUUUAUAGAACAUGACAUGUUUGUACAUGGUGAACUUAAUUGUUGUUUGAGUUGUUGAAAGUAUCCUUACCCAUACAAUGUAGUGAAAGUAUGUGGUAGUUAGUCUUAAAAAAGAGAUUGUGACUUGAUUUAUGAUCAGAAUUUGUUUUCUGAGAGUUUCCUUCAAUAGCAUAAUGUAAAUAUAAUGAGUAAGAAAUCUAAAACAAGUGGUCAAUUAGAUUUAGUAAAAAUUGUAGGAGCUGAGCAUUUGAGUGCUGUAGAUACUUAUCAGCUACAUUAUUGAACUAAUGGAUAUAUUUGAUGGUAAAAUGUUGCCUGGUUCAAUGCUGCAGAAUUCGGUCCAGCAGACUGACCACUUAUUAUCCACAUACCCUACAGGAUCAGUGUCAGAAGUAUCAGUCCAGCAGACUGACCGCUUAUAAUCCACAUACUCUGCAGGUUCAAUGCCUCAAGAGUUCGGUCCAGCAGACUGACCACUUAUUAUCCACAUAACCUACAGGAUCAGUGUCAGAAGUAUCAGUCCAGCAGAUUGACUGCAUAUAAUCCACAUACUCUGCAGGUUCAAUGCCUCAAGAGUUCGGUUCAGCAGACUGACCACUUAUUAUCCACAUACACUAUGGGUUCAUUGUCAGAGGUAACAGUCCAGCAGUGACCACUUAUCCACUUACACUACAGGAUCAAUGCCUCAGUGUUCAUUCUGCUGUUUGAGACUUCACAUGUUCAAUGCUAGAGGCUUCAUUGUAUUGGGUAAAAUAACUUAAAUACAUGUCAUAUUACCAGAUUUAAUCCCGUUAGUUGGUUGUAUAAAAACAGAAUGUGUGCUUGAAGUUAAAUGGAGACUUAAUUUGGAGUAGGAUACCAGAGUGUGGACUACCAGGAAAAAACUUGUCUUGUGUCGUCCAAUCAGUGACCAGAACAGUGGGCAUCUAGGUGAUAAGGGAAUUUCCACAUUUUCCACUGUGCAACUGAAAUUACAGCAUCUUGGUGUUAACACUAAACUUUCUUUUCACUCUGAUAAUUUCGGUUAUUUUCCCAUAAUAACUAACUGUAACCACUUCCAUUUACACAGUUGGUGUUCUAAUGAAAAACAUCAUUGUGGCUUUUUUAGGUAAGUGUUUUCUUCACAUUUACAGAAUAUCCCUUCAGUUAAUGUAAAGUUGUUUCAAUGAAUGAAUGGAAGAAAUUUGUACAUACUGACAUAUGAUAUACAUACUUGAUUUAUGACAAAAUCCUGAUGUGAAAUCAAAUAUGUAAAAAUAAUUAAAAUAAUUAAUUUGAUCUGGUGUCACUCCACCAAUUCAGUACUGUUUGUGUGAUCUGGUGACACUCCACCAAUUCAGUACUGUUUGUGUGAUCUGGUGUCACUCCACCAAUUCAGUACUGUUUGUGUGAUCUGGUGUCACUCCACCAAUUCAGUACUGUUUGUGUGAUCUGGUGUCACUCCACCAAUUUAGUACUGUUUGUGUGAUCUGGUGUCACUCCACCAAUUCAGUACUGUUUGUGUGAUCUGGUGUCACUCCACCAAUUCAGUACUGUUUGUGUGAUCUGGUGUCACUCCACCAAUUCAGUACUGUUUGUGUGAUCUGGUGACACUCCGUCAAUUCAGUACUGUUUGUGUGAUCUGGUGUCACUUCGUUAAUUCAGUACUGUUUGUGUGAUCUGGUGACACUCCAUCAAUUCAGUACUGUUUGUGUGAUCUGGUGUCACUCCACCAAUUCAGUUCUGUUUGUGUGAUCUGGUGACACUCUGUCAAUUCAGUACUGUUUGUGUGAUCUGGUGACACUCCAUCAAUUCAGUACUCUUUGUGUGAUCUGGUGUCACUCCACCAAUUCAGUACUGUUUGUGUGAUCUGGUGACACUCCACCAAUUCAGUACUGUUUGUGUGAUCUGGUGACACUCCGUCAAUUCAGUACUGUUUGUGUGAUCUGGUGACACUGCAUCAAUUCAGUACUGUUUGUGUGAUCUGGUGACACUCCACCAAUUCAGUACUGUUUGUGUGAUCUGGUGACACUCCAUCAAUUCAGUACUGUUUGUGUAAAUUUGAUUAUGGAGUUAUUUAUUCAUAACAACUCUUCGCUGUUACAAGACAAUGGUUUUAUAUACAUUUCUUUUAUCUUUAAUCAAUAUUUAUAUCUAUCUGACAUUUAUACCCUGAGAAAACAUUUGUUACAAACAAUGAAAUCUAUUAGUUCAAACUACCAUGUUGAUUCUGUCACUUAAAAAGGUUGUACCACAAGGUCAUGUGAACAAUGGCAUCUAUAUGCAGAUCAAUGCAACUUCUUUCUGUCUAGAAGAUUUAUGUAAAGGUAUAACAAUAAAAAGACUUGUUUAUAUCUUCAUACACAGUUUCUCAAAUGUAUCCGGAAUUGAUUUAGUUCAUCUGACCAACACAUUCAGGCUUUUCAAAGUAUUUCAUCUGUACAGUUCUUGUUUAAGGAAUGGAGCAUGGUGAUGUAAAUGUAAAAUUUCUAAGAUGAUUGAGACAUAACACAGUCAAAAGACACACUGUCGACAUGGUCAUGGGUACUGUAUAUGUGACACAAGCAUAGAUUUUCCGUUAUAGAUAAGAGGCCAUUUCACCAUACUAAGAUAUACAGCCCGUAGAAUAUCAAGAACAUGAUUUAGAAAAAUGUGUUAGAUUUCCCGUUUUGGAAGUUAUUAUCUUUGAUACUAUAAUGCAUAUAUAUUGGGACUGUGGGUUGUAAAUUCCUGACAAGUCCCUUUGCUAUGAGUUUUUCAUUGCUAGUGUAUUUACAAUUCACCAGGAAAUUAUAUACAUGUACUAGUGUAUAACUACACGCCACUGGUGUCCCACUACUAAACUUCAUGUGGGCAGAGGUUAACACAGCGAGAUAUGCCAGCACCAUAUCAUUUGAUAAUAAGGCUGAUGACCAGCAGUUUCUAAUGUUACUAGUUACAUGUAUAAGGCUUAGUGUAUAUUUUCAUGGUUAAUACACAAUACUACUACAGAAUGUUGUAUUUCAGAAGUUAUUUACAUUCAGAACAUCAAAUUCACACAGAAUUCAGUUUUGGUGUCAUUUUACAAUAGGGUGAACGAAUACUACAUAUAUUACAAUGCUUUCAUUCUCCUUGAUAUAUCUUUUUUCUGGCCACUGUUAUAUUUGUGGGUUUUUUUUUUUUUUUUUUUGCAUUAUGUUUUUUAUCUGCCGAAGUCUUUAUGUAAUACAUGUACAUUAUGAAAUGAUACAUGACUACCUAUUGUUCCCCAGUGUGUCAGGUAUCACUUAGAGUGUGACAUAUUCACAGGACCAUCUGCUGCAUAACAUCAUAUGUUAUCAUACGAGGAAUGUUAUGUAAGCUCGCCUACGUAGAUACAUUAUUAACUAUCCAUUUUGUAAACAGACUGAUGAUGUCUGAUAAUGAUAUUUGGUCUGAUGCUUGUAUCAAUGGAGGCGUUUGGUCAAAUCAAAGAUUUAAAGUACAGGAAUUUUAGGUUAAAAUGAUUUUUAAUUGCUGGUAUCAAAACUACAAUGCUUGUCAGCGAGUGUCAUGUUUCCAAAUGGUAAAUCUAGUUUUGUUGGGUUGGAUGGCUGCCUAUAUCCAAAACUAACUCACUGGAAAUGAUAAAGGAACGCCUGUAAGUUUAUAUUUUCUCAUGUGUCAUUGAAAGUACCAAUCAUUUCGUGGUCACAUAUUUAUUUAAUACAUUACCACUGAAAAAACUGCUGCGUAAAUACAUUGAUAUUUUGCAGGUAAAGAUAUUAUGUAAGGGCAUACAAGCAUGUCAUAAACACUCCAUUGUUAAAACAUACUGGUGCAUAGUUUUGUGUAUUAGGAACACUCUCUCAUGAAACACACAAAUGUGAUAAACAAAUUUAUAUGGUGUUUCAUAGAUUCUUGAAAGUCAUUAAACUGUGUGAAACACAUUCUGUUUUCAUUGUUUACUUGUCCUAUUUGUUUUGUCAUUAUUUAAGAAAAAUAAACAUGUACGAUUUUUAA